AUGAAGCCUGACAAUUUCAAAAGAGGGCUUAGUUUGGAAGCGAAUAGGCAACGUGGUCAUUCGAUACAUUUUCAUCACGGACUCCGAAGUGGGGCUGUCUGGGUUGAGAGAACGCUGCGGGCACACCAAGAGCUGACUCACGAAUAUGCGCUCAACUUCGAGCACUCGAAACUUCGCCCCUUUGCAAAGCAAAUCGUAGAAUGGUUUAUCCGAGUCGGAAAUUCGGGUCCAAUGCUUCAAACACGCUUUCAUCUAGCAACGCAGAAUAAGUCGCACCGCAAUUCACGAACAAAAUUGAUUGGAAUGGCGUCAUAA